CCCUGCUCGUCCCACCGCCGAGCCCAGGCCCGCGAUGGCGGGGACCCCCCCCCCCACCUCCUCCUGCACCCCACCCGGUGAGGGGGGGGUUGGGGGCCGUUCCCCAUAGCGGGGUGGGGGACACGGACAGACACGCGGGGCCGGUGGCGGGGGGCCGCAGCCCCCCGGCCAUAGAGCUGCGCCACCCGGCAGCCGGCGGGCGCCGAGGGCGGCCAUGCGGGGAGGCCCUUCCGCUCGCGGCCGCCCCGCGCCCCGCUCCGGCUCCGGCCCACCCGCCGCUCCCCGCCGCCACCCCCGGGGCCCCCCCCGGGCCCCCCCCGGGCCCCCCGGCCCCGCCGGCCGCAGCGGGUCCCCCCGUCUGAGCGUGCUGGGACAGCGGCGAUGGACACGGAGGGGGAGCCGUCUGCCCGGGACCCCCAGGACCCCCGGGACGCCGAGCUGCCGGAGGGGACCUCCGCAGCCCACCCCAGCCCGCCGGGCUCCGGCAGCGAAGCGCCAGGCCGCCCGGCAAGGCCGCGACGGAAAGCGCCGGCACGUCGACCGGCCAAAACGCCGGGUCACCCGGGGGGGCUGGGACCGCUGAAGGAGCUGCUGGGGCUGCGGGGGGGUCGCCUGCGCCCCACCAUCUGCAGCGAGUGCGGGAAAGGUUUCAGCCGCAGCUCGGACCUGGCGCGUCACCAGAUCACCCACACCGGGGAGAAGCCCUACACCUGCGGCGCUUGCGGCAAAGGCUUCAGCCAAAACUCCAACCUGGUCACCCACCAACGUAUCCACACCGGCGAGAAGCCCUACGCCUGCGGCGCUUGCGGCAAGCGUUUCAGCGAGAGCUCGGCCCUCAUCCAGCAUCAGCGGACGCACACCGGCGAGAAACCCUACAGUUGUGGCGAGUGCGGGAAACGCUUCAGCGUCAGCUCCAACCUCAUCCGCCACCGCCGCACCCACACCGACGAGAAGCCCUACAUCUGCGGGGAGUGCGGGGACGGCUUUCGCCACAAGUCCCAGCUCCGACGGCAUCAGAAGCUUCACGCCGCACACUUUUGGGGUGCACUGAGCAGUGUCAGGGGUAUGGCCACAUUUGGGGUGCAGCAGGAACACUGGAUGGGCGUUCAGGCACUUCUGGGGUGCACAAGGCCUGCCGGGAGAGGGGUACAGGCACCUUUGGGGUGCAGUGGGCAUCCGGGGGCAUGCAGCCACUUUUGGGGUGCAUUGGGCACCCCAGGAGAGCAACACAGGCAACUUAGGGUGCACUGGGAACCUUGGGGGGGGGGGGGAAGGCAGGCAUUUUGGAGGUGCACAAGGUACCCCGGGAAAGGGGCGCAGGGAGCUUUGGGGUGCACCGGGGGGGGGAUGCAGACACUUUUGGGGUGCACAAGGGACCCCAGGAGGAGGAUACAGGGACCGCUGGGUGCAAAAGGGGUGCAGGGAGCUUUGGGGUGCACCGGGGCGCAUGCAGACACUUUUGGGGUGCACAAGGCACCCCAAGAGGGGGCGAUGGGCACCGCUGCGCGCGAGGAGGGGCGCCCCGAGCACCCCAGGAAAGGGGUACGGGCGCCUUCGGGUGCAGCGGGCAUCCGGGGGGGGGUGGGGGGUGUUUGCGCCGGCGUUUUUGGGGUGCUCCGGGCACCCUGCGGACCCUCCCCCGCCCCCCGAGGGGUCCCUCCGCGAUGCCGCAGGGGUGCCCGCGGCCCGGCCCCCCCGGUCCCCCCCCCAGCCCCCCCGCGGGGGCCGGGCCGCCGGAGCCGCCGCCCCCUCGGGCCGGGCGAGCGGCGGAAGCGGCGGAGGCGGCGGGGCCGGUCUCGGGGGUCGACGCCAGGGCAGAGCCGCGGCGCCGAGUCCGGAGCAGCAGCGGGACCCCCUGACCCCCCCGGGAGCCCAGGACACCGGGGUCCGCCGGCCGCCCCCAUGGAGCAGGAGGAGCCCUGCGUGGUGGAGCUGCACGACUCGGACGAGGGGGACGUGGUCCGGAGGGUCUACAUCGCUGACGACGGUAUCGUGAGCGACUGCGAGGACGAGGUUCUGCCCCACGAGAUCAUCCAGACCGUCAUCCCCCACAGCCCCCUGGCCCCCAAAACCAAAAAACGAGGGGGGCAGCCCAGCUCCGGUGCCACGACAUCGACGGGGGGCUACGGCGAGGAGGAGGAGGGGGAAGGCGUGGGGGGGCGGCACCGGGGCGGCCGCCAGCGUCCCUUUAUCUGCAACGAGUGCGGGAAGAGCUUCAACCACUGGUCGAAGCUGCUGCGGCACCAGCGGACUCACACCGGGGAGCGGCCCAGCACCUGCGGGGAGUGCGGCAAGAGCUUCAGCCAGAACUCGCACCUGGUUCAGCACCGCCGGACGCACACCGGGGAGAAGCCGUAUCGCUGCGGGGACUGCGGCAAGAGCUUCAGCUGGAGCUCCAACCUCAUCCAACACCAGCGCAUCCACACUGGGGAGAAACCCUACACCUGCGGGCAGUGCGGGAAGAGCUUCACCCAGAGCAAGAACCUCAUCAAGCACCAACGCACCCACUCGGGCGCCCGGCCCCAUCGCUGCGGGCAGUGCGGCCGCGGCUUCACCCAGAGCACCAACCUGCUGAAGCAUCAGCGGGUUCACGCCAUCCGCGGGCAACCCUCGCCCUGCCCCGAGUGCGGGCAGAGCUGCCGCGACAGGGCCGAGCUGGAGCGGCACCGGGCGCAAGCCCACGGCCACGAGCCCUACAUCUGCGUGGAGUGCGGGGAGAGCUUCGCCAAGAGCGCCACGCUCAACCGCCACAAGCGCGUCCACAAGCCCCUCUUCGUCCACUGAGAGCUGGGGGGAACGCGAGGGGGGACACACGGAGGGCGCUGCGGGCAGGGGGACGAGGCGACGCCGGGCUGGGGGACGCACGGAGGGC